AAAAAAAAAAAGUAAAUCAAACCUUUGAGAAGCAUUUGCUGGUUGAAGUGCUUUCUGUCUAGUGAGGGGGUCUGUGGAUUUCUAGUUUAUGAUAAAUAGGACUUUAAAAACCAGGGACAGGAGGGCGAGUGUUCAGGUUCUAGAGCUAUGCAGCUGGAGCACUGCCUUUCUCCUUCUAUCAUGCUCUCCAAGAAAUUUCUCAAUGUGAGCAGCAGCUACCCACAUUCAGGCGGAUCUGAGCUUGUCUUGCACGAUCAUCCCAUUAUCUCGACCACUGACAACCUGGAGAGAAGUUCACCUUUGAAAAAAAUUACCAGGGGGAUGACGAAUCAGUCAGAUACAGACAAUUUUCCUGACUCCAAGGACUCACCAGGGGACGUCCAGAGAAGUAAACUCUCUCCUGUCUUGGACGGGGUCUCUGAGCUUCGUCACAGUUUCGAUGGCUCUGCUGCAGAUCGCUACCUCCUCUCUCAGUCCAGCCAGCCACAGUCUGCGGCCACUGCUCCCAGUGCCAUGUUCCCGUACCCCGGCCAGCACGGACCGGCGCACCCCGCCUUCUCCAUCGGCAGUCCCAGCCGCUACAUGGCCCACCACCCGGUCAUCACCAACGGAGCCUACAACAGCCUCCUGUCCAACUCCUCACCGCAGGGCUACCCCGCGGCCGGCUACCCCUACCCACAGCAGUACAGCCACUCCUACCAAGGAGCCCCGUUCUACCAGUUCUCUUCCACGCAGCCCGGACUGGUACCCGGCAAAGCGCAGGUGUACCUGUGCAACAGGCCCCUCUGGCUGAAAUUUCACCGCCACCAAACGGAGAUGAUCAUCACCAAACAGGGAAGGCGCAUGUUUCCUUUUUUAAGUUUUAACAUUUCUGGUCUCGAUCCCACGGCUCAUUACAAUAUUUUUGUGGAUGUGAUUUUGGCGGAUCCCAAUCACUGGAGGUUUCAAGGAGGCAAAUGGGUUCCUUGCGGCAAAGCGGACACCAAUGUGCAAGGAAAUCGGGUCUAUAUGCAUCCGGAUUCCCCCAACACGGGGGCUCACUGGAUGCGCCAAGAAAUCUCUUUUGGAAAAUUAAAACUUACAAACAACAAAGGAGCUUCAAACAACAAUGGGCAGAUGGUGGUUUUACAAUCCUUGCACAAGUAUCAGCCCCGCCUGCAUGUGGUCGAAGUGAACGAGGACGGCACGGAGGACACCAGCCAGCCUGGCCGCGUGCAGACAUUCACUUUCCCCGAGACCCAGUUCAUCGCCGUCACCGCCUACCAGAACACCGAUAUCACACAAUUGAAAAUAGAUCACAACCCCUUUGCAAAAGGAUUUCGGGAUAAUUAUGACACGAUCUACACUGGCUGCGACAUGGACCGCCUGACCCCCUCGCCCAACGAUUCCCCGCGCUCGCAGAUCGUGCCCGGGGCCCGUUACGCUAUGGCCGGCUCUUUCCUGCAGGACCAGUUCGUGAGCAACUACGCCAAGGCCCGCUUCCACCCGGGUGCGGGCGCGGGCCCCGGGCCGGGUACGGACCGCAGUGUGCCCCACACCAACGGGCUGCUGUCGCCGCAGCAGGCCGAGGACCCGGGCGCGCCGUCGCCGCAGCGCUGGUUUGUGACCCCGGCCAACAACCGGCUGGACUUCGCCGCCUCGGCCUACGACACAGCCACGGACUUCGCGGGCAACGCGGCCACGCUGCUCUCCUACGCGGCGGCGGGCGUGAAGGCUCUGCCGCUACAGGCGGCGGGCUGCACCGGCCGCCCGCUCGGCUACUACGCCGACCCGUCGGGCUGGGGCGCGCGCAGCCCCCCGCAGUACUGCGGCGCCAAGUCGGGCUCUGUGCUGCCCUGCUGGCCCAACAGCGCCGCGGCCGCCGCGCGCAUGGCGGGCGCCAACCCCUAUCUGGGCGAGGAGGCCGAGGGCCUGGCUGCCGAGCGCUCGCCGCUACCUCCCGGCACCGCCGAGGACGCCAAGCCCAAGGACCUGUCCGACUCCAGCUGGAUCGAGACACCCUCCUCCAUCAAGUCCAUCGACUCGAGCGACUCGGGGAUUUACGAGCAGGCCAAGCGGAGGCGGAUCUCACCCGCCGACACGCCGGUGUCCGAGAGCUCGUCGCCGCUCAAGAGCGAGGUGCUGGCCCAGCGGGACUGCGAGAAGAACUGCGCCAAGGACAUAGGCGGCUACUACGGCUUCUACUCGCACAGCUAG